UUGCCCUUGUAAAAUUUAGCAAUUCCAACGAUAUUACAAACACUUGAUUGUCCAUUUUGUAGUGAGUGUAAUUUACAACAAUGGCAGGAAUUAAAGGGUUGAUAGCUCUGGCUUUUGCUGGCUCCAUUGGUAUGACCAUGGUCAUACUAGCGUGUGCCUUACCGCAAUAUAGACUAUGGUGGCCAUUUUUCGUAGUCCUAUUUUAUGUGCUGUGUCCCAUCCCAACGAUGAUAGCACGCAGACAUACAGACAGCACUGCGGGUGGUAAUUCACCCUGCAUGGAGACAGCAGUCUUUCUGACCAUGGGCCUGAUUGUCAGUUCGUUUGGUCUACCCAUUGUGCUUGCACAUGUUGGCACUAUCGCAGCGGGAGCAUGCUACUUGACCCUGGCAGGCAACGUCAUAGUGUACCUGACCAUUCUCGGAUUCUUCACAAUCUUCGACAUGGAGGACUCAGAUUAUGCAAUGUGGUGAGAAAUCUAGAACAUUGACACCGAGGACAAUGUUAGGGCAAAUGAUAAAUCUAACAUAAGAAAUGGAGCAUUACAUGAAGUUGUCUAC